CUUUGAGAUAGAGAGGGUUUCCUGGGAAGCUCUGCAGAGCGCUGGCAAUGUGUCUGUCACUGUCUCCAUCUCUCAGCCACUCUCCUGCCUGAUGCUUGUCCUCCAACAGCAGGGGAUCUACCCUCAGAACCCCAAAGGAAUUAAUCUGCAUUUCCAUUCCAUCAACUGGGAUUUUCCACAUGUUUUCAGUGAUGCUGGGAGGUGACAACAACCACUGGAUGACAUCUAAGGAUGCUUCAGGUGAAGCUAAUAAUAACUGGAGAUGACUUCGGCUAUUGUCCUCGGAGAAACCAAGGCAUUGUGGACUGUUUCCUGGCUGGUGCCGUAUCUAACGUGUCCCUUCUAGUCAACGGAAGUGCUGCAGCAGAUGCAGCCGAGCUGGCAAGGAGAUACAACAUCCCAAUAGGCCUGCAUGCCAACCUCUCCGAGGGCUCCCCUGUGUGUGAGGUGCUCAAGACAAACUCUUCUCUGCUCAACCAGCAUGGAUUCUUCCAUGGAAAAAUGGGAUUCAGAACAGCUCUAUCAAAAGGUCUCCUGAAAAUGUCAGAGGUGAAGCAGGAGCUCAAGGCCCAGGUGGAGCUGUUCCGUGAGCUGACAGGUCACCUACCUCCCCACAUGGAUGGGCACCAGCACGUCCACGUUCUCCCAGAGGUCAGGAAUGUGUUUGCAGAGGUUUUAGAGGAGUAUGGGAUUAAGUACACACGUGUGCCCAUAGAGCCAGGCCUUCAUAACUGUGACUGGAUUCCACCAUCCCUGAUGGACUUCUACCUGGGAGUAGAAGAAGAUUCUUUUAACACAGUGGAUGUGUUUACAAAGCAUGGAAUAAGGUGGGCAGACAUUUACAUAGGCCUGAGCACCAUGGGCAGGAACAUGUCUGUCAGCAGCAUCCAGAGUGCCAUCGACAGCGCCGUGCUGCAGCGCCCGCCCAGGGCGCCCCAGAGUGGCACCGUGACCAUCGAGCUGAUGGUGCACCCCGGGUACCCCAGUGUCCCUCCUGUUGGGGGCUGUGGGGAGGGACCAGAUGAUUUCUCACAGUCCUGGGAACGCCUCCAUGAACUCCAGACGUUAAUUAAGCCAGAGCUGCAGAGCCAUUACAAAAGCAGGAACAUUCAGCUGUGUUCAUUCAAAGAUCUUUAAAUAAAUGAGCAUCCAUCCAUCCAUCCAUCCAUCCAUCCAUCCAUCCAUCCAUCCAUCCAUCCAUCCAUCCAUCAUACACUCAUCCUCUGAAGACAGGCAAUUGCUAAUGUCCAGAGAAGCCAGAUCACUGUUAUCAGUGUCACAGUCCCUGGUGCAGCUCACAGAAGCUGUGAACAGCUCACCACUACCCUGUGAGCAGCUCCAGGCAGUACCCCAGAGCCCCAGCUGCCAGUUUUAAGGCCACAACAUCUGCUCAAAAUGUGCCAAACUCCUUCUGUGACACCCCCUCCACAGUGCCCCAGUGCAGCACAGGCUCCCAGGACUCAGCUCCUGCCAGCAAAGGAGCAGCACGGGGACAGACUUGGCUGUGACACUGCAGCACGGCCCCCUGAGGGGUCUGAUCAUUUCUCCUUUCAGACCUGAUGGCAAAACAAGAACCCUGCUGGUGAGUGGGUGCUGCUUUGGCUCACCCACUCAGUGCAGGUCACCCACAGGAGGCCUGGCCACCUUCAGCAUUUGGCUCUCUGAGAGCAGCCAGUCCCUGCCCUGCCUCGUAACUGCUCACUGAUGGUGAGGGCUGCAGGGACAUGUCACCCUCAGAGCCUUCCUCUGCUCGGAGCACUCGGGUCACACUCGUGGCCCUGUGGGGUCUGCAGCCACCUCAGCCACAGGAUUUGUGUCUGCCUGCUCUCGUUGCCUCUUGGUGUUAAGCCCCCCCCAGAAAGUAACAUCAGCUGUAGCCCUUUUGGAGAGGCUUCUUAUUUUUUGGAUGACUUUGCAGGAGCAGCAACUGUUGACCCAUCUGCUAUUUCAGUAACUGCCGUGUGUGAGAGCAGCAGCAACUGGUCCUGCACCACCCACUGCCCCUCAGGACAGCCAUGAGCUGUGCCAGCCACGAGCAUGGCUGUGGCUCAGAAGGUCCCUGUAUUUGUCCCUUGUGUUCCUGUCACCAGAGCAUUCGAACUCCAGCAAGCCCCAGUAGUGCUGAUAUGUUCUUAACUGCAGCCCUGUCGUUCCUGUAAGGACUUUCACGUGGGGAAAUAUUCUUUGCACAAGAGUGAUCUAUUUAACAUAAUUGGUUUUGUUAACCAUAUUUUUAAUAUAAAAAUUAUUAAUAUCAUCAUUAUUCUUUUAAAUGAAAAAUAAACUGAGAUCUUUUCUAUUGCAAAGCUUCA